AUGUCAUUCCAAAACAAAAAUUUAUAUGAUUUGUUAGGUAACGACAUUGAAGAGGAUUCUGGUGCUCAAUUACCAGUCAAAGAGGUUGUCAAGAAGAACACUUCCUCUAAAAAGGCCGAUGUUGCUCCACCAUCCGCUGAUCCAGCUAAAGCUAAAAAGAAAUCAAAGCCAACUGGUAACGAAGGUGCUUUAAAAACUCAAAUCAAUAACAAAGAAGCUCAACCACCACAAUCAACUGCAAGUAAACAUCAAAAGAAACCAUUUGAUCGUCAUUCAAGAUCUGGUAAAACUGAUUCUCAAAAGAAAUUUAAACAAGGUUGGGGAGAAAGUGAUAACAGAGAAUUAGAAGGUGAAGUCGAAGGAACUCAAGAUGCCAUCGCUGAAUUAGACGAAGAAGCUGAAGGUGAUUCGGAAUCUGUUGAUAACACUCCAAAAAAAUCAUUACAGGAGUAUCUUGCUGAACAACAACAAAAGCAACAAGAUUUAGCUGGUGCUAAAAAGUUAAGACAAGCUAAUGAAGGUGCUGAACAAAAAUGGAAUUCAGAAGAAAGAAUUGAAAGACAUCAAGAGGAUUUCUUCGCUUCUACUCAUCAAAAGAAAAGUAAAUCAAAAGCUCCAAAAGAAAAAGUAUUUUUAGAAAUUGAAGCUACUUUUUAUGAUGAACAACCACAACAAUCAUCGAGAGGUGGAUUUAGAGGUGGUAAAAGAGGAGGAUUCAGAGGCAAUGGUAACAAAAGAGGCAAUUCCAGAGGAGGUAAAUCUUUUAAUGAAAGAGAUUUCCCAUCUUUGUAA